AUGAUGAAUACAUUAGAUAAAGCAUCAACAUUUAUUGGUACACCCUAUUAUAUGAGUCCAGAAACAUUACGAUUCGAUGGAUAUAAUAUGAAAUCAGAUAUUUGGUCAUUAGGUUGUGUACUUUAUGAAUUAAGUGUUUGUAAACGUGCUUUUGAACGAUCAAAUAUUUUACAAACAAUGGAAGCUAUUCUACGAGAAUCUCCACCAUUAUUACCAGAAAGAUUUCCAGUUAAAGUACAACAACUUUAUUUACAAAUGCUUUCAAAAGAACCAGAACAUCGACAAACAGCAGCAGAACUCUUAGAAGAAUUUAGUCAUAUUGAAUUAAAACCAACUGAUAAACAAAAAUUUUCUACGCAAUCAUCAACUUCAGAUGCUGAAUCUAAACUAUCACAUCCAGAAUUUCGUCGUUCAUUUAGUAACAGUCCACUGAUAAAUAAACAUAUUCGUAGUUCAUUACAAGUUCCAUCAUCACCAAUUCAUUCGUCAUCAUCAAUGGAUUCUGUUGAUUCAUUUGAAAAUAAUCCAGCAGGUUUACAUCAUUUCAGACAUAUCUUGGCCAAUAAACUUAUGGAAUUUUUAUUUUUAGAUGAUGUUCAAGAAACAAAUGAUAACUUUGAUCCAUUUAGUUCAACAGCAAAAGAAAUUAAAACUGAUCAUUAUCGAAGUAAAGCCCAACAAUUAGUUGGUUCAGAAAAUUUUACACAAUGUUAUAAUUAUUUACAUGAUCAACGUGAAAAACAAUCGAAAGAUCCAAGAUGUACAGAUGAUAUACUUUUAUCUGGUCUUGAAACUUUAUGUUCAAAUUCUUAUGCAUGUAAAUUAAUAAAUGAACUUGUAUUACAUGAAUGUUUAAAUGAUAUAAAUGAACGAACAAAAAACUCUUAA